AUCGAAUUCCAGGCUGCGCAACCCGUGAGAACUGAAUAACGCUCUUUGAAUAUCUAGCGGCUUAAUCCGGAACAUAGAGUUGUGGGCGGGAUGGUUCUCUCUUUUAUCUUGGUACAGAAUCGCCAGGGCAAAACGCGCCUGGCGAAGUGGUAUGCGCCAUAUAGCGAUGAGGAGAAAGUGAAGCUUAAGGGCGAGGUCCAUCGUCUCGUCGCGCCGAGAGAUCAGAAGUACCAGUCGAAUUUCGUCGAGUUCAAACGGAGUACCAAAGUGGUGUAUCGACGAUAUGCGGGGUUAUUCUUUUGCGUGUGUGUCGAUGCCAACGAUAACGAGCUGGCGUACCUCGAAGCGAUUCAUUUUUUCGUGGAGGUGCUGGAUCAGUUCUUUGGGAACGUGUGUGAACUGGAUCUCGUCUUCAACUUUUAUAAGGUUUAUGCGAUUCUGGACGAGGUCUUCCUUGCGGGUGAGAUCGAAGAGACCAGCAAACAAGUCGUUCUGACAAGGCUGGAGCAUCUGGAUAAAUUGGAGUGAGCGGCAUACGGGUACAACCAUGUUGACUGGUGCUAUAAUAUACGGCGUACAAUUGGGAGGGUUUUCUGGCAUCCGCAUACGGUUACCACCGGCUUGGAGUUUGGAGUUUUGAUGCUUUGUGUCAGGUCUGUACAGUAUCUGAGGGGGCCUCUGGGGCUCAUUGCCGUCAAUUGACCAGAGGACGGCAGUAUCUAAUUGCAUCUUAAUGAUAUCUUAUUGUAUAAUUCUCAUCUGAACAUGCAC